UUAGGGAGAGAGAGGAUAGCAAGAGUAUUUGCUUACACUAUACCUCACGCCCCUGACUGGGUGAGUCAGAGAGAGAGGGAGAGAGAGAGAGACGGAGAGAGAGAGAGAGAGAGGGAGAGAGAGAGAGAGAGACGGAGAGAGAGGGAGAGAGAGAGAGAGACGGAGAGAGAGGGAGAGAGAGACGGAGAGAGAGGGAGAGAGUGUAGCAGCAGUGAUGUUUAUGCUCAUUCGUGAGGGAUCUGCCGGUCCAGGUGGCAGCGCAUCAGGGAUGAACCACCAGCCGGAGAAGACCGCCAAGCAGGUACAGGCCGCCAUUAAGAAGAAGGUGGAGAAGCAGAAGAGGAGAAGCAGUGAGACGGGCGGGGCUCUGGAGGGGGGUGGGGGGCAGGGUAAGUCCCCCCACAGGGGCCGGGCCCCCAGCGCCGCCUCCAUCCUGGAGAAAGAGAGCGGGCAGGAGGAAGAGGAGGAUGAGGAUGAGGAGCAGAGGAAGCAGGAGAAGGAGAGGACCGACCUGCUACCCAUUGUCGACUCAGUCUUUGGGCAGGACAGAGAGCUGCGCCCUGAGGAGAUUGAAGAGCUGAACGAAGCCUUUGUGGAGUUUGAUAAGGAUAAGGAUGGCUACAUCAGCUGUAGGGACCUGGGGGAGUGCAUGAGGACCAUGGGCUACAUGCCCACAGAGAUGGAGCUGAUCGAGCUGAGCCAGCAGAUUGGUGGCGGAAAGAUAGAUUUUGAGGACUUUGUUGGGCUAAUGGGACCCAAGAUGCUGGCAGAGACUGCAGACAUGAUUGGAGUGAAGGAGCUAAGGGAUGCCUUCAGGGAGUUUGACUCUAACGGCGAUGGGCAGAUCAGCCUAUCAGAGCUGAGGGAGGCCAUGAAGAAGCUGAUGGGGGAGCAGCUGAACCCCCGAGAGAUCGAUGAGAUCCUCAGAGACGUGGACCUGAAUGGAGACGGACUGGUGGACUUCGAGGAGUUCGUCCGUAUGAUGUCCCGUUGACACCAGCUAAGUCCAGAAAAGGGGAAGGAGGGAACUGUCAACCUUUUCUUUUGUGUAUACAAUAUAGAUUCUUUUUUUUUUUUUUACUUUUUUGGUCAUCCUUCAUUAAAUUGUCCAUGUGGAAAACCAACAUAAAUCUUUACAAUAAGAUAACUCUAUUAUUUGCUCAGGACAUUAUGGGUAGUGGACUGCGAUACCUGUCCUGCAACUAAAAACUUCGGCUUUAACUUAGGAUAAAGGUCCUGAUGAUGGCGCGAAAAAGAACAAGCAGCACUUUAAUGCUAACACAUACAUGCUAACUGGCAUAAGCAAUAAUGAGCCGCAGAAUAAAUCUGCAUUUUAAAAACGUUUACUUGCUUUACUGUAUUGUUUUAUUUAACAGGGACCGUUGCCCGUCACAACUGAUGCACCAGAGUUACCUCCACGACUAAUUUUCACCCGUGGUUUCUGGGCAGGGAACACUUUAUACAGAAUACAUGAAAAUAAAACAAGGAAGAAAUACAUUACAAAAGAUUACACCUCAGCAAUCCAUGUGAGAAGUAACCGGUGACCAGGCACAGAUAAAAUACUAACGGCUGACUUGCUUUGAGCAGCACUCUCAAAGCUGCUUGGAACUGAGUUCAGUCGGCCUUGCUUUGACUGAAAAGGCUGAUUGGCCAAAGGUUGUUGAUAUAAACUGUGCUGAAAAGUAAUCAAGAACGUUUAUAACCUUAAAAGUAAAGCAAGCAUUUGCAUAAAAUGUUGUCAAAUGUCAGCAAAAUAUAUCUUUUUAUCAUAUUGCCAUGGUGAUAAUUUCUUGACUUAUUUGUCCAGUAUUUUCAGUUACUGUGGACCAGCUCGGAUUUGGCCAGUCAUCCUGUGGUGGUCCACAGCAGUUAAACCUGUGUCAUAAGCUAAUGCAACAAAUUAAAUCUCUCAGGCUAACAUUAAAAACAGUUAUAUAUUUGCAAGUUCAUAUAUGCAGACUAUGCAACUGUGCUUGUACUCCGUUCAUUGAAUUAACUCCUCUUCUUUUUGCACUAUGGUAAAGACAUUAUUUGGGUAAUGGCAAAGUUUACAGUACUGUAAUCUUUUUUUGUAAAACGUUUAUAUCAAAUCCACAAUUGUCUCCAUGUGUGAGUCACAGUAGAGUCACAGAGUCAGAGCCAGGACAGUGGAAAUUAUUCACGUCAGUUGAGAUCAGGCACGAGAGUGUGCUGUAGUAUGUCACCAUGGACACUCUUGACUAAACUCAGGUAAGAAAAGGGCUAUAUUCUGUUCAGAGUUCACCACAGUUAGACUGACAGGAAAAGUAUAUCUAAGCCAAUAACUUUUCACCUUUAUUGUUGUGAGGAGUAAAUCAAAUAAGUUGACAGCACAGAAAUCUGAUACCCAAAUGUUUGUGUUUCUGUCUAGUAAAUAAAAUCAUAAUUAUUUGAAUGUGACCCAUCCCCACAAAAUUUAUUUCAAUUAAAAAAGUUUCACAGGGCAAUUUGGGAAAUGUUAAUUUCUUUUUGACAAUCAGUUGCAUCACUGGUGUGUUUAUCAAGUCUAAUGUUGUAAAUACAAUCAUUUUCUAAAACAAAUCCUAAAGAUUGCUUAUUGUGAUGUUCAUUAAUGUGAUGAUCCUAACUUUUCAACAAAUAAAACUGAAUUAAAUUAAUUAAAAGUAUCAAUUUCAAAUUG